AUGGCGCUGGCUGCCGCCGCGGCCGCCGCGGCCGCCGGAGUGAGCCAGGCAGCGGUGCUAGGUUUCCUGCAAGAGCGGGGCGGGAAGGUGCGCAACUCGGAGCUGCUGAGCCGUUUCAAGCCGCUGCUGGAGGCCGGCGACCCGCAUGGCCGCGCUGCGCGCAGGGAUCGCUUCAAGCAGUUCGUCAACGACGUGGCCGUGGUGAAGGAGCUGGACGGUGUCAAGUUCGUGGUGCUAAGAAAGAAGCCCCGGCGCCCGGUGGGAUCCGAGUCCCUGUCCCUGCCCCUGCGCAUCGCAGCGCCGCCGUCGAGCGCCCUCUCCGCAGCCCCGGGAGAAGGCGCUGCUCUUGCAGCUCAAUCCCCGGCCCCCGUGCAGCAGGACCCGGCGGGGCAGCCCACGCCACAGGAUGCCCCCGGGGCUCCGGCCCCUGCGUCCAGUCCGCCCCCUGGGGAGUCGCCGGUAGACUCGGUCCACGGCCCCGCAGACCCCCGACCUCCAGCCUUGGAGCCUGCCCAGCCCUCAGAGGGACCCUGUGCGGAUGCGGCCCCGCAACCCGAGGCGCCGUCGGAGCCAUCCUCAGCCCGCACGGAAGCGCUCACCCCGAGCCCGGGCUCGGGACUGCCACCUCCGGCCCCGCGCGCGCCACCACCGCCGAAGCCCUGCAUGCUGCCGGUGCGCUGCGUGCCGGGCCCCGCUGCGCUCCGCAUCCGGGCUGAGGACCAGGGCCUGCGCCGGCAGCUGUCGGAAGAGCCCGGCCCACGGAGCUCCCCGCCUCUGCUGAGGCGGCUCUCGGUGGAGGAGUCCGGCCUGGGCCUGGGCCUGGGCCCUGGUCGCUCCCCGCACCUGCGGCGCCUGUCGCGCGCAGGUCCCCGCCUGCUGCUGAGCCCCGACACCGAGGAGGUGCCCGCCGCGCCGCCGCCCUCUGCCGUGCCCCUGGAGCCGGCUGAGCACGAGUGGCUCGUGCGAACGGCCGGUGGCCGCUGGACCCACCAGCUGCACGGGCUGCUGCUGCGUGACCGCGGCCUGGCGGCCAAGCGCGACUUCAUCUCGGGCUACACCGCCCUGCACUGGGCUGCCAAGAGCGGCGACCACGAAAUGGCGCUGCAGCUGGUGGAGGUGGCGCGGCGCGGCGGCGCGCCCGUGGACGUGAACGCGCGCUCGCACGGCGGCUACACGCCGCUGCACCUAGCCGCCCUGCACGGCCACGAGGAUGCCGCCGUGCUGCUGGUCGUGCGCCUCGGGGCGCAGGUGCACGUGCGCGACCACAGCGGCCGGAGGGCUUACCAGUAUCUGCGGCCCGGCUCCUCGUACGCGCUGCGGCGUCUGUUGGGCGACCCGCGCCUGCGAGGCGCCGAGUCCGAUGCCAGCGCCGUCGGGGGCGGCAGCCUGGCAGCCCGACGCCCGGUGCAGGUGGCCGCCACCAUCCUGGGCUCCACCACCAGCGCGUUCCUGGGCGUGCUGGCCGACGACCUGGUGCUUCAGGAUCUGGCCCGCGGCCUGAGGAAGUCCAGUUCCUUCAGCAAGUUCCUGGGCGCCUCGCCCAUGGCUCCGCGCAAGAAGGCCAAGGUCCGUGCGGGGCUGCCAGCCUUCGCGGACGCCGCUCGCCGCCCAGCCCCGGGGCUGUUGGCAGGCCUCGUGCCCAGCGUGCCACCCACCACCUGA